CGCGGGAAAGGGGCUGGCGUCGCUUGCGCGCGCACAGUCGGCGGCCGCGCGCAGCACGCUCGGGGCCCGGAUGGCGGCGGCGGCGGCGGGGAGCGGGACGCCCCGGGAGGAGGAGGGGCCCAGCGGGGAGGCGGCUGCUCCGCAGCCACAAGCCCCGACGAGCGCGCCCGGGGCUCGUCUCUCGAGGCUGCCUUUAGCGCGAGUGAAGGCUUUGGUGAAGGCCGACCCCGACGUAACCCUCGCGGGACAGGAAGCCAUCUUCAUUCUGGCACGAGCCGCGGAACUGUUUGUGGAGACCAUUGCAAAAGAUGCCUACUGCUGUGCUCAACAAGGAAAAAGGAAAACCCUCCAGAGGAGAGAUUUGGAUAAUGCAAUAGAGGCUGUGGAUGAAUUUGCUUUUCUGGAAGAUCUUUCCAUCCCCUUUCCUGACAUAACAGUAUCCUAACUUUUUGGAACUUUGGAUUGAUGGCUGAGCUCGGCAGUUUUGUGAGCUUUCACCUGCAUCCUCUGGCCAGCCCCUCUCCUGCAGGCCUCUGCCUUGAAGAACAGACUGUUUGGAAUAUUGUACUUACGUGCUUUUCCUGUUCUACCAUCAUCUAAACUGGGAUAAACAGAGGUCUCACCUGUUAGCUUUUCUUUACAAGGUCUUCCACUACUAUGUCUUCCAUUUCAGGCUUGGAUGCAGCCUCUUUUGAGGCAGAGGAAAAGAAAAUGAUUUGUGUAGGUUGCCUAAUGAAUGAUGAGGACCAUAAUAAAGGUCUCUGAUCAGUUUCAA